AUGUUAAGGCAGGAAUCCCGGAGAACACGAUUACGUCGUAUUAAGAGGUAUGGAAACAAGGCUUUCCAGUAAGUGAUGGAAAAUAACGCCGUUAUACCUUUCAGGAGCGCCAGGAGAACGCCGAUGACAUUCGAAACCAUCCCUUUGGGCGACCAGACAGACGACCGUAAUGUGACUUCUCCAAAAGUGUCAUCAGCUAGCGAUCAGAUGCGUAUAUUUCUUCUGAUAUGUAAGCAAAUGGCAACACUGCCGUCCACAAUCGAUGUCACUGAGAGCCACUGGAAGGUUAUUUCCAACUAAUGGACAAUAGCUUCCGAAACCGAUCGGUAUGCUACCCAAUUUAUAACUCCCUCUUGCGUUAGACCUACUACCUCACAUGCCUUGGUGAGCACAAUGUAGACGACUGGAAAAGUCGCUGGACAGCUACGUCCUAAGAAAACUAAAGACGCAAGUUUAAUUGAGUGCAGUUCAUCAAAACUUACUCUGCAUUUUAGACAACAUUCCAGGAGCUUGUACUGAUUGCCGGCAUCUGUCAAAACAGUGAUCACGGAAGGGAUUCAACAAAGCAUUGUACAUAUCUAACUAUUUUACUUUUCAAUAUAAUUAUUCCACAAUAACUAUCUCCAAAGUACCUCUGGGUAACAGGGGGGAUUAAACACACGACAAGGAAUGGAUGGGGGAUAGAAAAGGGCAUUGGGCUAAGCAAACGAUUCCACGCGUAGCAUAUUACCCUCGCUUUUCGCCGAUGGCGUAGUAUCUCGAUUAAUCGAUAUCUAAUAGAUAUCUAUGUUUGCGUCAAAAUAGAUAUCUAAUCGAUAUAUAUAUAUAUAUAUAUAUAUCGAUCGCGUUCAUCAUCUCCCGAAGAAGACGAAGAAGUAGAGAGGGCGAAUUCAUGGACCAUAUUGUAUUCGAACUGACGUUUCGGAAGCUUCCUCGUUUCCAUCAUCAGAGUAGCGUAAUUGUUGCACUUGCCGGUCUUGAGUUGUUCAGUCUUGCCGCAUAAAGUCAUUGCAGUGGUCAAGUGCAGACAGAUUAAGCUGCCGACCAAUUACAACGGGUGACGACUGACUAGUAAUAUCAUCUGGCUUAGAUUUAGGUAAAGCGUCUGACUUACGUUUAGUUAGGCCAUGCUUACUAACAAGAGCCGAGAGCUUACGUCGACCAGUGACUUUUGGUCUCAUCUUGUCUCGAGGCAAUUUGCGAUUAAGAAAACUUCUGGCAGAUAAGUUGACUGAAUUUCAACUAGGGGCUAACGAUGUUAAAAUAAAUUACAACAGUUAGAGAGAAAUCGGAUGCACAAAAUGAGAAUUGCAGAGUGCGAUUAGUGAACAAUGGACAUAGACUAGCAGAACUCGAAAGGAGAUGGCAGCAGGCAGUUCUUAGAGAAGAGGCCUGUAUUUAAGGAAAUUCAACCAAAAAACAGGUACUAAAAUCGUUAGGUCUCACAGAAAAACCACUUAAAAUCAUAUCCUCCACUUAUCUUCAAAUUUAAAACCAGCGAUGGAAACGAUAAAGGGGAAAAAGGAGGGCUAUCUCCAUGUGUUUUAUGCCUAUUAAUGUCGCUGUCUAUCAUAAAUUUAGUUGUUUUCGAAUGGUACGUUCCGGUAUCAUUGAAGUGGCUGGCUAUAUCAGAGCCCUUUUGGACCAACUUCUAUAUCAAAAAAUUGAUUUGAAAAAAUAAACGUGCAUUGUUAUUUAAAAGGAAUUUCUUAGUUCUUAUCAUAAAUUCGAUUGGGUUUCGACUUAUCCAGGUAGAAAUUUGGAGGUCAUCCCAGAUAGUCCUAUAUCAUUUGGAGUAGAAAUUCGAUCGCCGGAACUUUUUGAAGUUGGGAAUCCUUAUCAUAUCUUCGUUAAUCCUAGUGUUCCGGGGGGAGUUUCAGCCUUUUAGCAGACUUAUUUUGAGAAUAUCUUGGUCACGUGUGACCGUGAAUAGGAGAUUUAGACAAUUUUGGAGUCUUCUGAUCCAGAGGGCUCGAAGGCCGUAUUUAUGAUGUAGUUCUAGGCAUGAACCCUGGGUGACAUAACAUUUGCACAAAGAUCUAUUAAAGCGUCUUUGAAUGACUUCUAGUUUCUUUCGGCCAUCUGAUAUUAAUAGGCCAAAGAAAAUUGGGCAGUAAUCUAAGAGAGGUAAUACGUACGUUUUAAAAAGAAACACUUUUAAUGCGUAAUUGUUACAUAUGCGAGUUUAAGAUUGUCCGCAUAUAUAAACUUCUUAGCGGAAACUGAUAUGGAAAAUAAGUCGUGAAUACAUAUGAGAAAUAGAAGGGGGCAUAGGGUAGUACCUUGAAGUACUACACUGGCAAUAUGGGAGGGUUCUGCGACUACGUUUAGAAUCUGCGCCACUUGACAUCGGUUUUUUGGUGGGAUUUGAGAAAGUCGAGAAGGAAUGGCCCAAUUCCAUGACUUUUCAGCUUUAUCAGUAGACCUUUGUGGGAACUUUGUCAAGGGCCUAUUUUAGGUCGGAGUAUAUAGCAUCUACCGUGUCUCGAUCAAACAAGCAAAUUCUAGAAAAGUGAGAUAGCAGGAUUGCCAUGACUCUUUGAAAAGAAAUUAAUGUCGAAAGGGGGGGAAUGUGGUAAGCGUUUAUGAAGUGAUCUUUCAAUUGGUUGAAAAAUUUAGUCUCCAGGAUUUUAACCACUGACGGUGUUCUGUGAACACCACAAUAGCUUUAAAUAUGAGGCUGGUUGCCGCCUUUCGAAACGUCUGGAAAAAAUGCACUUAUCUGGAGUAAGGAGAAUAGCUCAGAUAGGAGUAUUGGGGCAUAUAUCAUAUGCCUCAGAAUGCAUGACAGGAUUUUGUCCGUCGUAUAAAAGUUGACGUUCGAUAGUUGAUUGACAGCUACUUUGACAGUUUUUUCAGCAAACCAGAUCUCAUUAAGGAUGCGGUGUGUCCCCUUGGUCGAUUGGGAGACCGGUUCGUCUUCACCGUAUAGUUUUUGAGAACUAUUUGCUGAAUAAGUUUACUAUCUGGUUUUCGUAUGUGGACACUUCUUGCCUUCAGGCCACAUCCAUGUGUAUUUAUUUAUUCACCUGCUCCUGUGGAGCGGGAUAUAUUGGCCGUGCAACGAGGCGUACGCAAAAGAGAAUACGCGAAUACAUGCCUGCCUGGCUAGGUAGAGGUGAAAAUCGGUCGAUUUCGAGUUCACUUCUCGCACAUCUAAUCGAUAAAGACCACCAAGAAGAUGCUAAAGAAGCCUUUAAAAUUGUCUACAGGGCACUGGCACAUUACUCUAAAGGCAUGCGUAAACGGAUGCUAACCAUAGCUGAAGCAGUGGCCGUUCGACUGGCGAACCCAGCACUCUGUUGCCAGAAGACGCUGGCACAAGCAGUUUGUCUGCCCUGGCCGACUCCAGACGGUGACCGCACGCCGUCCUGCUGCCUUGAGAACCGUCACAGCCCUUACAAUCCAACCGUCCUCAACACGCUGUCACCGCCAUGCUUGCGGUGUGGCAACAUUGACUCCAACUAACCCUGCCCCUGAGACGCAUUUAUAUCUUGUCUAUCAGUAAAAUGCUCAUUACCCAUGUAAAUGUAUCGGCCUGAUAAUGAGUUAUCGAAAACAUAUGUUCACCAACUGACUCUUCAAUCGUAAUAUGGGAAUUUUCGCAGAACUGAGAUGCUUCUUACCUGAACGAAAUUCCUAAUGGCAUCCUCCGAGUCGUUCGGGGACUGGAUGUAUCACCCAAACCUAACUUAGCAAAACUUAAACUCAAGUAGAGUGAUAGAAGUCAUUGUAACUCCCGUGAAAGAUGUCGACCAAUCGCCUGGUAGCGGGCGAAAAUACUCCGCAAAUUGCUAAAUUUAGUCACUCGCUUUGGAUGCGUUUUCCAAAUCCAUACGUAAAGCCUCGCAUCUGGUGAUUCAGCGCGCUGCUCCUCACCGAGGCAAGUUUCGCCGGACUGUGCAGCAAGAUUGACCCAAAACAAACGUAAGUGCAAAUUCAAUCAUGACUUAGUUUUCUUUCCCUUUGGAAGCAUAGAUCCUCAAUCGGCCUCUGGAGGGGAUUUUAAUUCUGUCUUUCUCCUACUCCCAGUAGGUAGUUGACUGUUGGGUCUCUUGGUGUAUUUCUUUCACUGAACUCGUUAACGGGUUUAUUAAAGGGGCAGUCAUACGAGCAUGGUCGUCUCCUGAUGACAAUCAUCAAUAUCCUUUUUGCCUCUGUGAGCAAGUAGUCGAACGGCUAUAGUUCCAUCUCUGCCACUGUUGAGUCGUACAUGAGCCUCGUGGGGGUUGAGCUGGAGAAGAUCGACCUCAACGGGCAAAUCAAAUUUUGACUGUUGACUGCCCUCCUUCAGCAGAACUCUGCCAGGAGAGGUACGCCGCAAGGGGAGAGUAGUUUCAGUGGUUGACCUCUUAUUGUAGACAAAAAUUCUCUCAUGAGGUGUCGCAUUAGUGGCAGUACAAAAAAGCGAUCUGGUUGAGUGUAAAGCGUCAAGUAAUACGGAUUUCCAGUGCGUGAUAGGCAAACUUUGGAAUUUUGGAGCGAGUACGAUAGUCUUUUAUACAGUCUGGUUCAAACGUUCGACCUGCCCAUUCCCUUGGGAGUUAUACGGACUUUUCCUACUCGUCGCCACUCCCUUAUUGCAAAGAAAUUGCUGAACUUCGUUUGACGUAAAUGACGAUCCCCGAUCGAUGUAUAAGUACUAAGGGGUACCGAAUAUAGAGAAGAGCUGGCACAAACAUUUGAUGACAGUUUCGGCAGUCUGAUCAGGACAAGCAAAUACAAAUGGGAAACGAAAAUGUUAAUCAAUAAUCGUCAGCAGAUAGCGGUUGUGGGUUGCCGACGGAAGAGGACCUUUGAAGUCAAGUGACAAUCGUUCAGGCGGCUGGGUGGCUUUGAUGAGUUGGCCUUGUGUUUUAAAGAAACGGGAUUUGACUUUACAACAGGCCUGACAUUUAGCCACGACAGUACGAAUCUCUUCCAGCAAAAAGGAGAGAUUCCGAGCUCGAACAAAAUGCGAAAGCCGAGAGACACCGGGGCGACAAAGGGACUCAUGUAAUUCUUUCAGAUCGACACUAAUUAGUAGGGCGCCACUGCAAUUAGGGGAAAGCGUGUCCACCGCUCGAUUUUCUUUACCAGGUCGGUAGACAAUGCCAGAUCCGGAUCUGGCCUUAUGUUGCCCCUGGACACCUCGUAACCAAUAAGUUUACUUUCUUUAGUAGCAAUGACACUUUUGGCUUCAUUGAAUGUUAGUCCGUAUUUUUCGGCCACGCUAAGGAAUUUUGAAAGGUUGAAUCAUGCCCCUCGAGACCGUUCCCACAACCGGAUAUUGUCCACAUAAGCGAAGAUAUUUUUUAGACGCUCGUGCGUAAUUAUGUCGUCGAUAGUCUGCUGGAUGCACGCAACCCCGUUGGUCACACCAAACUGGAUACGACAAAACUAAUACAAACGCCCACAAGCUUCAAAGGCAACGUACGGUCUUUCCUCUUCCCGGAUGGGUAUCUGGUGAUAGGCGCUAUUGAGACCAAGAGUGCUAUAUGUGUCGUAGUUUGCAAUCAUUUCGUCUAUUCUGGGUGAGGGGAAGGCAUCAAGAAGUGCGUAUUUGUUUGUCGUUUGGCUAUAAUCGACAACCCUCCGCUUUUUGUGGUUUUUAUUGACUACCGCCGAAACCUGGGCACGCAAAGAGGAUAAUGAAUGUUCAAUUACACCCCCAGAAAGAAGGCGAUGAAUUUUUUCUUGUAUAAAUCUUCCAUCCAUAUUGGUGUGUCUACGAGAUUUAGUAGCGAUAGGUUUGCAAUCCGGUGUCAGAUUGGGGAACAAACGAGGAGGCUCGACGCAAGAGGCAGCCACAUAACAAGACGAGAACGUAGGUUUAGGUCCACCAAAAGGGAUUUCAGCACUUUUGUGGAGCCGGAGAAAGUCAUCUCCGUACAUUGUUCUCGUACAUUGUGCCUUUAUGUCUAAUAGAGACAAAAACAUGUCCUGCGUGGCGCUGACAAAGGCGGUGGUCGCUAUGGAUAUCUAAGUGCGAGAGUUAUGAACUUCCCAUUUAUUUCGGAGCACCCUUGAAGAAGAAAUGUAACUUCAGAACUACAUGUGCCAAUUAUGGCCUGAAAAGUAGUCCCAUUUAUCUGUAAUUCAACCACUGCGCUUGAAAGAUAGGAACAGAAGCUGGUGCUACGACGGAAAUGGUAGGAUGCAUAGCGGAAAAGACGGGUUCUCGGUUUAGUGAUACUAGGCAGACCUUUUGGAAGUGCCUGUUUUACAGCGUCCUUCGCAUAGCUUAUCGCGUGCGGGGACACGUCGAACGGCGGUGCCUGUCGUAUCCACAAAAGAAACAUUUCCUAUGGAAUGAAAUAGAAGCCACUAGGUCAAGCUGUUUAAUGGGACUUGGCGAAGUUUCCCAUGGCUCAGUAGCGGCAGAGAAUGUGGUCGUCGGAGGCUUUCGAUACGAUAGAGACUGUCCUGCCAGUUCCAGUGGCCUUUCCUGAUCAAAGGCGGUUUGGAAGUUUAAAUUCUUAUGCUCCAAUAACCUCUGUCGAAUCUGGUUUGACGAAGGCCGCUGAUGAACGCGUCUCUGACGACUUUAAAAUCACAGUCCUUAGCAAAGGACUUUAGCUUUUGUGCAAACUGGUCGAGGGUUUGUCCACCUUCCUGUCUGAAGGCUGCCAGGAGAUGGCGGGUGAAGGUUUGUUUUUUGGAGCUUGAGUAGAGAUUUCGUAGCAAUUUAACGUCUUCGUAACUGGAACAUUCACUAAUGCAUUCUCAGACUGUCGGCAGAAACGUAGUUAGUCAGAACGCUUAAUUUAUUCGGUUUGAAGCUAUCGAUCGUGUAAAAGAAAUUUUCGAAAGUGCGGAACCAGUGAUUUCACUGUUAGAAAGCGUCUCUAGCAUUCGGAUCAACAUCGAAUCGUUCUGACCUAAGAGAUCGGUCCAUUCUGGAGUUGUAAGAUGAAUAAAUUGUUGUAGCUAGGACCGUAGCAAGUACACGAGAGGGAGAGCACGAACAAAUCAAGAUGCAAAAAUCAGAACGAGAAUACCCUAUAGUAGGGCUUUAUUCAGCUUAAAAUUGACUUACUGGAACUAAGACGAAAAAUAGAGAGGUAGGAGAUAAGAUGGAAUUUAGCUAGGGGCUUAUGUUAGCAUGACAGUACGCAGCCCUGCUUCACGCCAUGGGUUACUGCAAAUGCUCCUGAGACGGUCCCGUUUUCCGUGACACGCGCCAUCAUACGCACACUAAACGACAGUUCGACCGCCGUGGCCGACGACUGUGUGCUUCAUUGCAGGGCGAGAGCAGGGACGGUGAUUUUCGCGUCGGUUAGGUUAUAGUGAUAGUAGACUUCCGCAACAUCUACUGCACCCUCCUCUCCGCCUGGGUCCGGUGUCAUGAAAACCGGAGGCUUGAGAUGACGCAUGUGGCUGACACAGCGGAACCCGCACCUAGGCGUACCACCCCACCCGUUAUCAACAAGGUACACGCGCCAGAAUUAUAUACGCCAAGAAAAUGGCGAACGGGCACGGCUCUCAACUGGUGCUGCGUGGGCCCGCAACUGGGCCUGACAGCACACUCCGGUAUUGGCAUUUGUUUGGGGUGCGCAUUCCCUAUAACGCCUGCCGGACCCCGACCCAGACCCUGUGUACGUCUAGCGCAUCUGUCGCGUUACCCAUUUUAGGGGAUGCGCACAUAAAAAACCCCAGUACAAUGGGGACUCAUGGUACCGACGUCAACGGUAGGCAUUUACAUGAAAAGAUACCCUUCGGUAGCAGGCGCAUACAAAAACGGGAAAAUUGCUGAAAUAGAAUCCGGCUCUUAUGAUUCAGCCCAAAUCGUUAGACCGGCGAGCGUAGCUCCUGGUAUGCGAAUUCUCAUCAGCCUCAGACGAUGACGACGAUAACCUUUGCUGCCCAUGGAUCAGUGAGGACUUGUGCGUAAGUCGAAUUACCAUGAGAGAGGUUACUGUGACACCGAACUCUCUGGCUCCUCUUACAAUCAUUGCGUUCCAGGCAAUACGGUCGAGACGACUGGAAAUGGGUGUGGACAUCGUGGCCAACCUGACAUAAACCGCCAUUCAGGCCUACAACACACGUGUCCGCAUGGACGUACAGUAACCGUCACAACUAGGGUCCAAGCAAACUAACCGCAGUCUGCGGUCAAUGAGGCUUAGCAACUGCACCCUGUAUGUCACCGAUGAAAUCUCUGCUGCAUGCAUUUAGUACUUGAUAAUCAUUGUACCCUAACAAGAGAGGUGCCUCUGACAGUACUGACGAAUGUACUGGUUGACCGCGCCGCUUGUACUGAGCUGAUUUUCUAUAGUAUUUAUAGUCCGUAGGCACAUUAUUCCCAGGAGCAUAGUCCACUGAACAGUAGUUCAUCCAGUCUAGGCGUUGGGGCUCACUGUACUGGAGAAACGCAGGAUUUGCAAGAUCCGACUUGGUAACUUGUCAGUGGAGGCAAUAUCUUCUAUUAUGAAUUCCUCAAGAAUGUAGCAUUGCCAUUCUGUGUGAUUGAACACGGCAGGUUAAAAUAGUGCCAAGGCGUCCUUCUUUGGACACCCCAACCUGUUUAUUUUUUCUGCUCACAAAUGCGGCGAAACAAAGGUCAGCGCUUUGUUCACAGGCAAGUUUUCCUAUUUUUGGAAUUCGUCCUGGCCCCAUGUCGUAAGAGAGUUUGUUUGUUGCUUUGUUUUAGCUACCCUUUUCGCAUUUCGUUACACCCGGUCAUCAGCUCCGGCAUUACGAUGCUUAAGUAGCGAUUCUUUCUUUCUAUUCCAGUUACUCCGAUAUGA